CGUCCAGCUGCAAACAAACAAACAACCAUUGAGUCUCCGCCUGCUCGCGCUGAACGAGGAGUCGCCGCUGCUCGUCGACGUGGCCGCGAGGUUAGGCGACAAACAAAGAGCGCGAGCUCGCGGUCGGGGGGUUAGAAAGCGUCUCUCGGGCGCGAGCGAGCGAGCGAGCCGAACCUCGCGGAGGAUGUCGACCAAAUCGGCGGGUUCGCUGUUCCCGGCGGGCGAGUACUCGAUUCACAAGCCCGGCGAGUGCCGGCAGGUGUUGAACUGCCGGCCGAUACACCUGAGGCGCUGCGCCUACGACGGCAAAGAGGUGAGCGAGCGGGUGCGGGGCUGGCCGAGUGCCGAGUGCCGAGCUAACGCGGCCGCCGGCGUGUGCCAGGUGACGAGGGUGCUGGAGAAGGAGGGCCAGCGCAAGCUGCUGGUGCCGUCGGCGGAGCCCGAGCCCAGGCCGGCCAUCAUCGCGAGCGGCGAGUUCUCGCGACUGGUGCAGCGCAGUCACGAGCCCACGCGCCAGGAGAGGCAGGCCGCCCUGAGCGUCGCCGAACGGGAGAAGGAGCGCCUGCUGCGAGAGAGCAUGGCGCGGAAGGAGCGCAUCCGGCGCAUGGACCUGAGGAGGGCGCGGGAGAAGCAAGCCGGCCGCCUGGACGAGAUCGAGGAGGAGGCGAGGCGCCGGACCAUGAGCCUGCUGCAGCGCGCGCGCGACCUCGAGCUCGAGCAGCAAGACGAGGUCAAGCGCUGCAACAAGCUCAUACUCGAGACCAAGUGCCGUGCCAUACGCGACGCUCAGAUAGCCGAGAAGAGGCUGCUGGAGCGCGAGCACGCCGACGAGGAGCGUCGCGCGAACGAGCUGAUGGAGCAGCAGAGGGUGGCGGCGCUGCGAGCCGAGGAGCGCAAGGAGCAGGAGCGCGCGGCCCGCCGGCAUCGCUUCGCUCGACUACUCAAGGAGCAGAUCGAGGAGAACGAGGAGGAGCGGCUGCUGGCGUACGAGCGCAAGCGCGAGGAGAGCCGACUGGCCAAUCUUAGCAGCGUCGCCCAGCAGGAGGCGGAGCUGGCCAGGGCUCGCGAGCGCGAAGCCGAGCAAGAGAGGAUGAGGCGCGAGUUUGCCGAGAGCAAUGAGCAGCUCAGGCACGUUAAACGGAUGGAGCGAGAGGAGGAACGCCUGAUCGACGCCAGGAUCCAGGAGUUCCAUCGGCAGAAGGCCGAGCGACAGACCAGCAUGCUCGAGGAGGCGCGCCAGGAGCGGCUGAGGAAGGAGCGCGAGAAGGAUAGACUUGCCGAGCAAGCUCUGCUGGCCGGGCAAGUGCAGGCGCAGAUCGACGAGCUGAACGCGGCGAGGGUCCAGGAGGAAGUCGAGCGCGAGUGGCGACGCCGCGAGAAGCAGGAGGCGCUACGGCGCGCCGAAACGCAGAAGAGGCUCAAGAGCGCCAGGGACGAGCAGAUCAAUAACAAGAUCAGGCUGCAGGCAAUGGAAAUCGAGCGCGAGAAGUGCGAAUUCGAAAAGAUCGUGGCGAUGCAGAAGGAGGCGCUCUCACGCGAGGAGAAGGAGCGCGAAAAGAAGAGGAAGCAGGCGCUCGACCAUCGCAGCGAAAUUCUCAAGCAGGUGAACGAGAAAGAGAAAGAGAGGAUAGUUUCCCGACAGAAGAUGUUCGAGGAAGGUAUAGCGAUCCGAGCGGAGAGCGAGAUGCGAAAACGACGCCUACGCGAGGCGAUGGAACGCAAAUGUCAAGAGAUGCGCGAGAAUAAAGUGCCAGACGUUUACAUAAACGAGGUCAAACGCAUGAUCGAGAGCGACAAAUAAAAGCAGCACGUACUGCGCCAAUGAACAAGCUUUCAUUAGUACCUGAAGCCACUACGAUUACUUCCACAACAUCACUACACUGGGAUCGCGCUCGACAAUUUCCUCGAUUUGCGCAGUUGUCUGGCCUGUACUGCAGCAGAUCUCAUCCAAGUUAUUCGUGCCUGUGAAAUGCUUGUAAACUGGAUUAUUACGGCCUUCCUCGCUCGUACUACCCGGCAAUAGAAUUGGAUACUGCGCAACAGAGAGAUACAAAUUAUUUACUUCGAGUUAUCCAACCGCAAAAUAAC